UGAUGCAUACAGUCACGGCACAACUUUAGCUCUUGCUUACAUGCUAGUUUCACCAGAAAACCAUGCAGACACUCCAUUUCUCCAACAAGAAAUGCAGCAAAAUAUUAGGCAUACCUUCCUUUGGCCUUACUCUUGUGCUGCUGGUCUGCUUGGCCUCUCCUAUCAGUUCCUGCACGGAGCAGGAGAACGGCGCCCUUCUCCAGUUCCUUGCCGAGCUCUCACAAGACGGCGGCCUUGCUGCCUCAUGGCGGAAUGGCACGGAUUGCUGCAAGUGGGAAGGGAUCACCUGCAGGCAAGAUGGGACGGUCACCGCUGUCUUGCUGCCUUCGAAGGGCCUUGAGGGGCACAUCUCACAAUCCCUUGGGAUCCUCAUUGGGCUGCAGUACCUUAAUCUCUCUGGCAACUCGUUGUCCGGUGGUCUGCCGCUGGAAUUGCUAUCGUCCAGCAGCAUUACUACCCUUGAUGUUAGCUUUAACCGGCUCAACAGAACACUCCAAGAACUGCCACCGUCAACCCCUGGCCCUCUGCAGGUACUAAACAUCUCAAGCAACUUAUUUGCAGGACAGUUUCCAUCCACCACAUGGAAAACAAUGGAGAAUCUGAUUGCAAUCAAUGCCAGCAAUAACAGCUUUACUGGGCAGAUACCAACUCAAUUCUGUAGCACCUCGCCAUCCCUCGCUCUGCUGGAUCUGUGUUUCAACAAAUUCAGUGGCAGCAUCCCCCCAGGACUUGGUGAUUGCUCCAAGCUGAGAGAGUUCAGGGCUGGGUAUAACAACCUUAGUGGAACACUCCCAGAUGAACUCUUCAAUGCUACCUCGUUGGAACACCUGUCUUUUCCUAACAAUGGAUUACAUGGAGCUAUUGAUGGUACAAACAUAGCUAACCUCAGAAAUCUUGUAGUCCUUGAUCUUGGAAGAAACAACUUCAGUGGCAAGAUUUCAGAUUAUAUAGGCCAGCUCAAGAGACUGGAAGAGUUCCAUUUGGGCAAUAACAACAUGUCAGGGGAGCUCCCGUCUUCUCUUAGCAACUGCACAAAUCUCAUAAUAGUUGACCUCAAGAGCAACAACCUCAGUGGAGAACUUACCAAGGUCAAUUUCUCCAACCUGCCCAAUCUAAAAACAUUAGAUCUUUGGUUAAACAGCUUCACAGGUACAGUUCCAGAAAGCCUAUACUCAUGCAGUAAUCUGACUGCACUGCGGCUAUCAAGCAACAACUUACAUGGGCAGCUCUCAUCGAGAAUAGGCAAUCUGAAGUAUCUCUCCUUCUUGUCACUUGGUAAAAACAAUUUCACAAACAUCACAAAUGCAAUUCAGAUCCUCAAGAGCAGCACGAAUCUUACCACCCUACUUAUCAGGAACAACUUCAGGGGGGAGCGCAUGCCAGAGGAUGACAUAAUUGAUGGCUUUGAGAAUCUUCAGGUUUUGAGCAUUGGAGGUUGCCAAUUGUAUGGAACAAUACCUCUAUGGAUAUCAAGGCUCAGAAAUUUGGGGAUGUUACUUUUAAAUAGCAAUCAACUCACAGGACCAAUACCAGGCUGGAUAAACUCCCUAAGCCAUCUCUUCUUUAUGGAUGUGUCAAAUAAUAGUCUUACAGGAGAAAUCCCAUUAACCUUGAUGGAGAUGCCAAUGCUAAAAUCAACUGAAAACGCAAAUCAUCUGGACCCAAGGAUCUUUGAGCUGCCUGUAUAUGAUGGUCCAUCACUUCAAUACCGUGUUGUUACAUCUUUCCCAACAAUGUUGAAUCUGAGCAACAACAACUUCACAGGUUUGAUUCCCGAACAGAUUGGUCAGUUGAAAGUGCUUGCUUUACUUGAUCUCAGCUUCAACAAGUUAACUGGGCAGAUCCCCCAAUCUAUUUGCAACCUGACAAAGUUGCAACUGCUAGACUUGUCCAGCAACAACCUCACAGGUGCUAUCCCAGCUGCAUUGAAUAGCCUGAACUUCCUUUCAGCAUUCAACAUUUCAAACAAUGACCUAGAAGGGCCUAUUCCAUCUGGAGGCCAGUUUAAUACAUUUCCGAAUUCUAGUUUUGAUGGGAAUCCAAAACUGUGUGGCUCUAUGCUCACUCAUAAAUGUGGUUCAGAUUCAUUAUUUAUGUCCACCAGAAAAAAACGAGAUAGGAAGGCUGUUUUUGCGAUUGCAUUUGGUGUGUUCUUUGGAGGGAUCACAAUUCUUCUGUUUCUGGCGUGUCUCCUUGUCUCAAUCAGGCAGAAGGGUUUUAGGGCAAAGAAUAGAAGGGAAAGUAACGGAGAGGCUGAAGCAACUUCAUUCUACUCUAGUUCAGAGCAAACAUUAGUGGUGAUGCGGAUGGCACAGGGCCAGGGUGAAGAAAACAAGCUCAAAUUCACUGACAUUUUGAAAGCAACGAACAACUUUGACAAGGAAAACAUCAUUGGAUGUGGAGGGUAUGGGUUAGUCUACAAGGCAGAGCUACCUGAUGGCUCCAAGCUGGCAAUUAAAAAGCUCAACGAUGAAAUGUGUCUGAUGGAAAGAGAGUUCACUGCCGAGGUUGAUGCUCUCUCCAUGGCACAACAUGAAAAUCUUGUACCGCUGUGGGGUUACUGCAUCCAGGGAAACUCAAGGUUUCUCGUAUAUUCCUACAUGGAGAAUGGAAGCCUAGAUGAUUGGCUGCAUAACAAGGAUGAUGAUGGCUCAUCUCUUGACUGGCCGACUCGGCUGAAGAUCGCAAAAGGAGCUAGCCUGGGACUUUCUCAUAUCCAUGAUGUCUGCAACCCUCAAAUUGUCCACCGAGACAUCAAAUCUAGUAAUAUCCUACUGGACAAAGAAUUUAAACCUUAUGUUGCAGAUUUUGGGCUAGCCAGAUUGAUUCUUCCCAACCAAACUCAUGUAACAACUGAACUUGUCGGUACUAUGGGUUACAUUCCCCCUGAGUAUGGGCAAGCAUGGGUUGCUACAUUGAGAGGCGAUAUGUACAGUUUCGGAGUAGUACUGCUUGAGCUGCUCACUGGAAUGCGACCUGUUCCAGUCCUAUCAACAUCAAAAGAACUUGUCCCAUGGGUGCUGCAGAUGAGGUCCGAGGAAAAGCAAGUUGAGGUCUUGGAUCCAACACUUAGAGGAACAGGAUACGAAGGGCAAAUGCUGAAGGUUCUUGAAGCCGCUUGCAAAUGUGUCGACCAAAAUCAGUUUUCGAGGCCAACUGUCAUGGAAGUAGUCUCCUGCCUGGUCAAUAUAGAUGCUGAUCCGCACAUGCAAAGAUCAGCCAAAAUACAAUGAACUAAAAACAUGAUAGACAAUCUUUGCAUUUACGAGCAUGAUGUACUUUUAACUUUCUUAGUUUCACUAGAAUUACUACUUCUCAUAAUUUUAGAGCAAUCAACGAGAAGUUGUACUUUGGGCAGGGUCAUGUACCAGAGGCAAUAUUCUAAUCAACCCAAAGCUUCCCAUGUUUUGCAUUCAUAUCUGUCAUUACUGGUGUUCAGCCAGGAGAUUUUCAUGGCAUAUUUUUUUAGUUGUACUCGGCCAGUCGGCCUACUAAUCUUUGUAUGCACUAACUAAUGUGCUAUAGCUGCAUAGUGGACGAAGGCAACGAGGAAGCCAACUCCAGAUUGUCAACAUAUUUAAUCCGAAAGGCAAAUCCAGUCGGCACAGUUAAUUCGAAAUUCAUGUCCAAGAGUACCUUUACAGAGUCCAGGAGGCACAUGCUUGGUGAUUGGUGAACAAUGCCAUACACAACAACACUUCAGCCCAACUGCCCCGUUUAUAUGUACUGGUUCUCGUAUUGUUCUAGUAAUUACAGGUGCCAUGGAUA